AUGCUAUCGAUAAUUACGCCUCCCGUGCAUCCUGUUCUUGGGACCAGCAAGACCGUCGAUGAUCUACUACGGCCGCUGACACAUCCGGACCCCGACUCGUCUGCAACAUCCCCCGCUCCCUCACUCGACAUCCCCACUACCACUACCACUGCCGCCAAAAAACGCAAGCGAGAGCCCAGUGAGCAGCUGACAAAGCCGAAGCCGAAGCCAAAGACAGUGCGAAAGAAACGAGCAAAUAAUGCGCCAAAGGAAAACCGCGUACAGCGUCUACGGGAAGAGUCUGCCCCACUCUCAGACGCCACCGUUCGCAAUAGAUCUCGGACACGAGAGCGAUGUGUUGGCUCCGAACGUAUGGGAGCACUUGAAUGCACGCUCCCUGUUGAAAAGUGGUGGCGAGACCCUCCACUCGCCUCGGAACACUCGGAGCCAUCCCAGGUAGCUACCGGCAAGCACAUCCAGUCCAUUGAUAUUAUACGCCCAAAAUGGAAAGGCUACCGUCCAUGGUUCAAUAAUCCCCAAGAUCCCGACGAUCCCGCCUGGAAAGUCGGCCCAAACCAUAUCCCGUCUGCAGAGCUCGAAUACCCAGGGAACAAUUCAACCGAAGUCUAUGCGCUCGUUGACGCAUUUGACCAUGACGACUACCAGCCUUUAAAGGAUCUCUUCCUAACAAUAGAUACCAUAGCCGGAACCUAUAUGGAUGACGCAGAUCGUGCCCGAAUAGGCUAUACCAUUCCCACCUCGGUCGUUUCCUCCGAUCCUUCCUCGCACGCCUCUUCCUCUGGUCACCCGCACUCCCCCGGUCGAAAGUCGAGGGAACUUUCCCCAGAGAACGAAUCUUCUGACCAAGACAUGCCCCUUUACAGGCGUCUAAUCCGAGCACGCAACGCCAAAGAUGGUCCCCAGUUUUUGCAGGCCCUCGCCACUCUCAACGGACACAUACGGGCACUUCGGCCCAAGAUGCAGCAGCAUAUUCGGGCCAAAUGGACUGGUAUUCCUCCUCCGGUGUGGAAGCGUGUGUGCGAAGAGGGCUAUCAGCGCGGCGUUGGUCCACGCAUGCGCGAGCUCAUCAGAUACAAGCAGUGGACGAGUGGAGUCUAUGGCGAACUUAUGCAACCCUUCAUUUCGGAAGUCGUCCACCGCUGUGGGCUUGGCCCGGGCAAGGUCUUUGUCGAUUUGGGCUCUGGUGUCGCACAAACCCUAAUGCAGGCAUCGCUCCAAUCCGGGUGCACAUCAUAUGGUGUCGAGCUUAGUCCCCCUGCCGCGUCCAUCGCCAAGGACCACGAACGCGAAUUCAAUCACCGUCUCGAAAUGUGGGACCUCUGUUGCUCCGAAUAUAACCAUAUUGAGGGUGAUAUGCUCGAGUCUCAGGAGGUUGUAGAGUGGAUCAGAAAGGCCGAUGUCAUACUCGUCAACAAUUUCGUGUUUGAAGAGUUGUUAAAUGAGCGCCUGACCUGCUUGUUCCUUGAUGCACGUGAUGGCACCCAAAUCGUCUCCCUCAAGUGUUUCCUUGACCGCGGGUUCAAAAUCACCGAACGCACGAUAUCGUCCCCCCAGGCGAUCCUAAAGGUGGAGGAACGUGAUUGGACGGCCGGGGCCGUAUCGUGGUCGAAUACAACCGGAACAUACUAUGUCCACACGGUCGACCGAUCUAAUCUCCAGGCCGAAGAGGAACGGUUGAACGCGGUACGAUCCAGGCCGUCUAGGAGACGGCAGGCGUAA